CUUAAAGGGGCCGCGCCCCACGCUGAGGGGCGGUGGGUUCGGGUUUGGGUCCCGGUUCUCGGUCCUCGCUCCCGGUCCCCGAUUUGGAACGAACCGGUGGCUGCGGGUCCUGCGGUCGCCACAGCCGUGGGCAGAGCGUAUCGGGGCGGGAGCGAGAGCGUGUGGGCCGAGGCCUCCUUCCAGGGCCGCCCCGUCACCAUCGGGUAUCCUCGGCGCCUUAUUAAUUCUCUGUAAUCACGAGUAUAUUCCUUUUUUUUCCACAAUGCAGUGCCGCGGUUGAAUCACUCCAGAGAAACCAGGAAGUGAGGGAGGAUUCCUGGACCUUCCCCAGCAGCAGGAAGGGAGGGAUUCCCUCAGCCAUGGCAGCCGAGGACAGGGAUUACAACCUGACCGAGGAGCAGAAGGCUGUGAAAGCCAAGUACCCCCCUCUCUGCAAGAAAUAUGAAUAUUUGGAUCACACAGCAGAUGUGCAGCUCCAUGCCUGGGGAGACACGUUGGAAGAAGCCUUUGAGCAAUGUGCCAUGGCCAUGUUUGGUUACAUGACAGACACAGGCACUGUGGAACCUGUGGAUACAGUAGAGGUAUUGGCAGAAGGGCAUGACCUGUUGUCUCUUCUCUUCCACUUCCUGGAUGAAUGGCUGUAUAAAUUCAGUGCUGAUGAGUUUUUUAUACCCAGGGAAGUGAAAGUGCUUCACAUUGACCGAAUGCAGUUCAAAAUAAGAUCAAUUGGAUGGGGAGAAGAGUUCUCUUUAGACAAACACCCACAGGGCACAGAAGUCAAAGCCAUAACUUACUCAGCAAUGCAGAUCUGUGAAGAUGAAAAGCCAGAAGUCUUUGUCAUCAUUGAUAUUUAAAGCAAGAAGAGUGUGGCUGUGUGGGUAUGGGUCAUCAUCUGGCAGAAGCCCCUAAAACUGUAAUCCCUGUGGGGGGAAAAAAAAACCUAAGGAAUUGGCCAGUUAAAAUCAGAAAUUGAAGGGCCUAAUUGCAGGGAACAUCAGAUUGUUUUCACUGAGACAGAGAAUAAGAAGAAUUAAUUGAGCUUUGGUGGAUAUGGAGAAGGAGAGGUUUGUACAGGUUGGAAUUCUCCCAGGAAUGCUGGCAGGCAGCUUUUAAGGCUGAUCCAGGUGCUAGGGGCUGUAUGAAAUACAGAAAUUGGUGGAGCUGAUAACUAAAACACUCCCUUUUUUGCAGCGUGACGGGAGAUAAUGUUCAUCUAGAUUGAUUUCAUUUGCAUAUUUCAUAUUCUAUUUCUGAGCUGAUGUUCCUCCUCCAUAUUACAUAAAUCCAAAAUAGCUGCAGUGGCUCAGAUGUAAUGUGGAGAAAAAUUUGAGUAUUUAAAAUUAGACACCUAAAAAAAUUAUCUCAAUUAAACAAACCACCACAUCUUUUAAACUACUUAAAAAAGAGGUCAUGCCAGCAGGUGGUGCUGAAUUGCUGUAAAUAAAUUGCCACGUGAAAUCUUAAAGCAUGUGACUGUACUUGGAAUCCUCUUAUCACCUAUGAUAAGUCUAAAAAGUUGGCAGCUUUGCUGCUCUUCCAGAAGGGAAUGGAAAGGAGUGUCCCAGGUUCUCCCUGGGUUCACUCCCAUCUGUAUCUUGUGAAAAUUGACUCUUUUUUUAGAAAGCAUGGUUUGCAUCAGCCUGUCUUUUAAAAAGAACAAUACAGACAAUCCUUAAAUGUCAAAGGAUUAUGGACUUGACUGAAUCAGAAUUAAUCAAAAAUAUGGGUUUCUUUUGUAAAUCACAGGAUGUCAAAUGUGCAUUACCUGAUGUUUUAAUUUAAUUUAAAUGUGAGGAGCACGGGCCUGGCCUGCUCUGUUACCAUAAAUGCUCCAAGUGCCUCACUGUGGUGUCUCAUCUUAUAAAGUCAUCUUAAAUAGUUCUGGUUUUAUAUCCAUGCUGUAAAGACAGAGGGAUAAAACCCCCUCUUAUUUUUUAAGAGACUUUCAAUGCUGAAAUAAAACUUGGACUGAAACAAUUAAUGGCUUUUUGAGUGAUACUGACCAGUCAAUUCAGACAUAAAUAAAUUACGCUUGUGCUUUGUUCCCCACAAACAUGAGCAGACUUUUUUUUUUUUUCUUAUAAGUAAGAAUUGCAACAUGCCAGUUUAAUGGUAUAAAAUAAGCAUUAUUUUGAGCUUGGGGGUUUCUUUCGCCUCAGGCCGAGCCCCAACGGCUGUGAGGGCACA